GUCUAUCCAAAGGUCGGCUGAGAAAUUUUCGGCUCCUUUUACUAAAUUGUAUUUUUCGAUCAUCUAUCGAAAUAAUUUCAGUGUAGCCGAGAAUAAGAAUGGCGUUGUAAAUGUAGAACAUAACAGCCAUCACCUAAUUUGCCGGAGAACGAAAACCCUGGAGGAAUGAAGCAAUGAAUUCUGGAAUAGUCGCUUGGCAUAUCUCCCGAGAUUUUGACAGUUGCGGGAGGAAGGUGCAUUGGUGAUUGGAAAGGACAUGGAUUUGUUGCUUUAUUCGCAGAUGGCUGCCAAUAUAAAUAUUUUUGUACGAGUACCUGGUAAAAAUACCAGUAUGGAUUGGCAUCUUCAGUUUUAAAUGUCUAACUCCAGAAAGUGGAACCAGUGAAGCUGGUAUAGACCUUUUUGUUUAUGGUGACUGUAGCAGUGACACCCUGGUCAUUUGAAACCAGGGUUGAAUAAAAAAAAUAAUAAAUAAGUUCAGUAGAUUAUUAAUGAAGCAUCCAGACCUGAGGAUGUCUUUGGAGGUAGUUUUGCCUUCAUCAGACUCAGUUCAUUCUUGGCUUGGCCAUCAGCUGGAAGUACGAGGCAUAGACUCUAUAGUCUACACCCGCUAUAUCAUCAAUCUACUACAACAUGACUACUCUGAUCAGAUUGAAACGGAGGAGUUAUGGGGUAAAAAGGUUGAACAAGUGAAAAAACGCGAUCGUAAGGGUGAACACAAAAAGAAAUCUCCAGUUAGUGAUGAAGAAAGAAGAAAAAAUGCUGUUUUAGAAUGUCUCCAGUCAGUUUCAGAUCAGGACUGUGACAUAGAAAAUCUUGUUGAUGAACUUUGUAAUAGACUGAAGGAAACAAAAACACAUAAAGAGUGUUUUACUCCCUUGUCUAUUAAUGUUAAUACAGUUGAUGAAAAGAGAGAAAAUAAAAACUCUGUCACUUGCACACAAGAUCCAGCACAAAGGUACUAUGCUGCGUUUCCAGCUCUUUCCGGAGACGAUUCGCCGGCUUCUAUUUCACCGUCUGUCUGUGAACCUAACAUAUGGAAACGUAAUCCUUUGACAGGACAGUCGGCUGGGGAAACUUCUGAGAGCAAAGAUAAAGUAUCUUCUGAAGAUGGCAAACCUAAAAACAGUACGCUGUCCACACGAUCUGAAACUAAACAACGUCCAGAAAGAAACCAUCCAAAAAGACGUUCGAAAAGCAUGACAGAUAGAAAAGAAAAUGAUCGUAAAACACAAAAACUGGAUGGCAAGAAGAAGGUUUAUCCGAAAGGAAAUAAGCCUAAAGGACCGCAAACGAAAAUGCAAAAGGUCAUAGAAAAACAUAGCAACACUUCUGUUCACGUUCUGAGCUGGCCGCUGACAGCUGAGAAAGCCGUGGAAUCUGGUGAAAUUCGUCAAGAUGACCAACGAGAUAAAGCAGCUGAAGCAGAAUAUUGUAGUAAAGUGGAGCAGAUUAUUAAAACGUUACUGUUGUCGGGAAUAUCUGAUCAACCUAGAAAGACUAGCGGCACUUCGUUGGAAACUGAAUGGCCAGAAUGGAUGAGAGCAGAAUCGGUUAGUCCUGAAUUACAAGAGAACUAUGAAUGGUACACACAACCUCUCAAUGAGAUAUUGGUCACGCCGUUCUCGAAAAGUAAAAGGCUUUACAAGAGAUACAGUUAUCCUCCGACUCUGUUUUUUGAUGAGGAGACCGAUUUAGAAAGUAUUCUAGGCCCUCUUCUGUCCUCUGUUACAUCACGCUACCAAUUUGUGGACGACGUCUUUUCUCCGCCAGUUGUUGAAUCAGAUGUUAAGGUCACAGAAGAUAUUGUUCUCGAAAAGCAAUUACCUGUUAACUCUGGAGUCCUCAAAGAAAACGUUUUCCCCCAAAUGAAAAAUGAUCUUGCAGACGAGCAAGAUGACAAGCUAAAAGUUAAUCCAAUUGGAUACACAUUACCUUAUACAAGUCCAACGAGUGGUCAGUUUUCUCUGUUUGAAUAUGUUGACAACAAAGAAAACUUGGCGCCCAAUCUCCAAGAACCACUUGCAGAAAAACACGACGAGCGGCAUGUUCAGGAAUUGUGGCAAGGAGCAACUGAAACUGGACUUAGGAAUGAGCAGAUCUCCAGCUCUGAGCUCUACAGUGUUUGGCAUAAAGGACCCGAUGGGGAGGGAGUGGCGCUGGAAACAACCUCUCUCGCAGAUCUGUAUGAAAUAUCAAGCUGCAGCACUCAAACUUUUGACAGUGAUGACGGUACUGACAUGUCUGACUUCGAAGGCAUCUUUACGUUUGAUUUGGAAAGUGACGAGGAUUACGUUUCUACUCCUGUGAAACAUUUUCACCAACCACCAACACAAGAAAUGUCUCGUCUAAACUUAAAUGAAGAUCUGGUAGAAGCAGCUUCUGAUAUGGAGGUUCCAGAGAGCGCAUUCUUUACGGAAGAACUUCUGGAGUCUUUUAAUUCUGUCAUUGAAAGUCCCAAAAAUAGUGUAUGCUCCAUGUUGAUCGACAGAGAAUAUCUGACAGAGAUCAUGCAGAUGGACUUGCAAAAUCAAAUGGACAUGCAAAGCCCUUAUACAAACCUUUCUCCCAUGUGUUUCAACAUCUGGUCCAUUGAUGAAGGGAAUACCGAGAGCUGUUGGCAAAGUAAAGUCCUCCUCCAUGAAUUCCUACAAACCUUUGAUGACGACUGUCGUAUUACUUCUGUGCCUUGGGAUUCUGUACUGGGAGACAGGACUCUCGGGUGGAACCUGACCCCUAAAGACGAAUGCGAAAAGUUGCGAGAAAAAACCAAGUCGGGUCAGCUAUCACAGUUAUGGGAUGUUAAUUCUCAAAGGAAACUUCCUUGGUUUGGAGCCUUUUGGAGCAUGCCUUAUAAUGUUAGUAUUUGGACGAGUCUUUCGGAUUGUCCCGAAAAUGAUGAUCAUGUGAAAUCUGACUGGGGACAAACUAUGGAACCUGUUGAAUGGGAAAUUGAUGAAUCAGAAAUAUUUCUCUCUCAAGGCACCAUUGAUGAAGAUGCCAUGAUUGGUGUAGAAUUAUUGGAGGAACUGCAUAAAGAAACGUCCAAAGAGGAUGUGCGUUAUAAUUUUUUACGCGUAGGCUCUUGGGAUAAACAUGAACGCAGUGUUUCCGACAGCGAUAUCCACGCAUCAUGGAGUAGUAGACGUGAUGCAUCAAAACAAGAAUUCCAUCGAAGUUUUGAGUUGAUUCCCUCCGAGACAUCUGCUUUUACUGAUGUCAUACCAAGUAAAAUGCCUCAUGUUCGAAGUGCGCCGAACUUGAAAUUAUCAUCGUUAUAUUCUUUGCCGCCAUCCGAUUAUGACAAUCCCAAAUUACCAAGUGUUGAACAGGCUUCAGCAAGGCAUGAUUCUCCUGCAGAGCAUUUAUACUUCUCCAAUAGAACCCAUUUUCGGCCCAUCCAAACCCCUGUUGGCACUCCUCACGAAGAGAAAUUAGAAGAGAGAGCCGAUUUGUUUGGAGAGUUGGGCUUCUCAUCCGGGACCCUGUAUCAACAGUUCCAUCAGCCGGGGUCGAUAGAAGAAAAAUUACCGAUGUUUCGUCCCAAAUUCAAGGUACAAAAAGAUCUGGACAAGUACAUUCAAACUGGUCGCAGUUUAGAUGACGAUUACGAUCCCAAGUUUAAAUCCGAAAUUACUACUUGUCCGAGUUUUACAACCCUCGAGGAAUUGGGAAAGGGGAAAAUUGGAGAUAUUUUUGAUGUAACUGGCGAAGGAGAGGAUCCUUGUGGUAAAGAAAGUGGAUUUGAAUCGAAUGGUGAGAUCGAGGAAUCGGUCAUAUUGCCGAAUGAAAAGGAAGUAGAUCGUGAUCUUGAUGAAUGCGACUGGACUGCUGGACCAACCCUAGCGGCCAGAUUUAAUCAUCUAUAUUUGGAUAACUCGGAUCAUUAUCUACCAUCUGCUCUGUCAGACAUGUGGAAAGAAAAGAAAACGGACGGAGAAACAGUUGAAUAUUCUAAUGCCUGGAGUUCUGGUUACGAUUGUGAAGAUGCUGAAGGUGGAAAAUACGGCCAUUGCACGCAAUAUCUCCAGUACUUGCCCUUAGUCAAGCAUGGAGAGCUCUCAUUUAGCCAAAAUUCUAUCGAACCGUCCAACGAGGAGACAGAAUUGAAACCCACCUUACCUGAUAAAACGUACGAGGAAUGGCCUUCACUACUUGAAAGUCGACUUGAGAAACAAGAGCCAAUGCCAAGCGAGAGUUCUGAAACUGUUCGUGAAAAUAAUGCCGCGUUGCGAAAACCAGGUUUUGAAAUGGAAGAUGUUGCUUACGUGUGGAAUGAAGAAAUAAGUGGAAAAACUAUUAAUGUUAUGGACCGAUACGUGGGUCCAGAUUAUAAAACAAAAUGUUUUGAGGAUACAGUUUAUCCUCUUGAUAAUAUGCCGAAUAGUGUGGAUGAAUUGAGUCAGUAUUAUCUGGGAAGUUUAUCUGAGGAUAAUAAACAUAUUAAAUGUCCUGCUACUACACAUGAGUUAUUGCAUACUCAUGGUUUUGAUGUUAAUCUGCUACCUCCUAUACCAAUUCCUGAAACCGCUGUAUAUUCUUGUGAGUUAGAACAACAGGAUAUUGGAGGACCUGGCCUGGUGCCUAUGUUACCUGAUUUAGCAGUGUAUUCAUCGGAUUUAGAAAAACAGUGGCUUGAUCCUAAGUCGUUACCUAAAUCGGAAUGGCCUCCGUAUCUUAGUAUUCCAGAUGCUAGAAAGAAAACCAAUAAAAUCAAAACCAAAGGAGUGAGCAGAAAACCAUGUAGUUUCUUUUUGGAAGGAUCUUGUAAGAGAUCAGAUUGUAAAUUUUCCCACGAUAUUUCUACAAUUACUUGUAGAUUUUGGGAGGAUGGAAUGUGCUUUAAAGGUCCGUUGUGUCCCUUUCUACAUGGUUAUCACAUUGCAAGCGACAGUGAUACAAAUUCUGUUGAUAGCGUCGAGAUGCAGUUCGAAUUAAAGAAGGAGGAAUUUCCUGAAUUGAAAAUUAGUCGUCAAGGAUCAGGCAAAUUUCAGGAAACAAAUGAUGAUAAGAUGAGAAAACAAGAACGUGGAAGAGAAAGAAAGAGAAAAAUAAUAAGCACCAAGAUCCAUAAAGUUUAAAAAAUACAAAAAACAAGAUCAAAUAAUGAACAUUCUCGGCGAAAUCUACAGAGAAACUUGUACAUAAUGUUAUUACUAAGUGGUUGGUUCAAGUUUUACAUUUCAGAUUUUAGAGUAAAAAAAAAAAACAGACUGUUACUACUUUUCACACUCAGGAACAUUUAGGGCUUAAAAAUUACCCAGGGUUUUCAUUGUCGAUGGAUUCUAUACUGAAUUGGGAGUCAGCUCAACUUUAUGUUACAUGUAAUAAAAAAUCUCCGAUAAAAUAUGUAAUUUGCGAUCUCUGGACUUUGAAAAUCCUGUUUAUGUACCUGCCUGGAAAUAACGGAUUUAGUUGUACCUGAUAAAAUGUCAGGUACGAAUUAAUUAAUUAAUAUCUGACAUUUUAUAACUUUGUGACGGACAUGUAUUAAACAGGCAUUAUGCAAGAGCUAAAUCUGUCUAUUGCAGGUCUUUCUUUAGGCCUGAAAUGUUAUAUAAAUUAUUAAUUAGACAUUAAUUAACAUGAAAAGACCUUAAUCAACUCCGAUGCCAUCUUAAGUAAUGAUGGUCGAGGCUAGACCUAAAAUUCAAUCGCUAAUAUCUCAGUUCAGAGUGGAGCAAUUUGACUGAAAUUUUCAACAUAUUCCCUCUACAUUAUCUAGUUUUAUGACUAUUAUAAUAAUAACUGACAGCUCUUUAUCUAAUCUCCCAUAAUGCCCCUUCAACAAUGUCAAUAAAUACAUAAAAUCAGUGUCCGAUUAAAUGACAGACACAGGAGAUGUUUUGUGUCAGACAAAACCUUGAUCUGUGUCUGACAUGUCAGUGACAUGUGUGUGUCAUAUUUCCAGGCAUGUUUAUAUAUAUAUAUAUAUACAUGUAUAUAUAAGUUGUACAUACCUAUACAAUAUAUAGUUAUUGUGUUUGAGUUGAAAUGUACAUAUAUUUAUGACAUGUGAAACAACAAAAGAUUUUUCUCAAGCCUUCUUGUUUAUUAUAGCCCACUUCACACCUUAGAGCAGACUAUUUUUAACCAAAGAAAUUUAAUUAACAAAAAGCAAAAUUUGUUUGACAUGGAUAAAAGAAAUUUUUAAUAAUGUCAGACAUUUUUAUAUUAUUCUGUCACAUAGAUCUUAUUAUGUGAUGCUUGUUAUUUAGAAAGGUUUAAAAUUACGGAAAUAUUUUUAAGCUUGUUAGAGUUUAUUUCAUUUUUAGAUAUCAUUAAUUAAUAAUUAACAAAUAGUAUUAAUUAGAAUUAAAAUAUUUCUUUAAAAUGAGAGUUUCUUUGAUCUUACGACAUGUAAAUGCACAGGUGUAAAUAAGUUAAAAGUUUAAAAAGCCAUAAUUUUGUACGAUGUGUGAGUGUGUGUGUGCAGUGACGACGAACAUUACUUCAAAUAGCUUUGCGUCUUGACUCUAAAAAUAAUUUUGCUUUGAUAUAAAAAGAUAAAAAAAAAAAUGUGAUCACUGGUUUUGUAUGCACGGGAGUAUCGUUGUCUUAAAGAUGAUUGGCUAGUUUAAAUAGAGUAUGUUGUUGAUUGCACUAACUGCAUUAGAAUCUGUACGGUAACCGUAUCAGGGAAUUAUAGACAUGUACAGUCAUAUGCACCACUUCUAUUAAUAGUAACACAAUUACUGUUAAAUUGAGCACACAAAGUAAAAGUAGAGCUUACCUUCACAAGAGUCCGUUAUUAUUAAAGAGACUUUAUCAUUUUUUUUUCUACAAGAAAAAUAGAUAUAAAGUCUCGCCCAGUUAUCGUGAAAUCCAAAUACCGGGUACCCCAUGAGCAAACAUUUUUUGGAUUGUGAACAACUAUUAAUGAAUCUAAAAACAUCUAUUUCUGAUGGAUCGGUAGAUUUAUCUCAAAUUUUACACACAGUGUGAUUUGAACAACAAGUUGUUACUGUAUUAUCUAAGUACAGCCAAUUGAAAAUUAUUAUUUUACUGACCGACCAGUGUCUCCAAAGGGUUAAUGCCUCUUGGAAUGGUCAAAAUAAGCGUGGUGUGUUCCUACUUUGUGUAGUCAUUAUUGUAUACAAAAACCAACAAAAAACACAUUGUACACAUUGUAAUAUGUGAUUAAAAACACAUUGUAAUAUGUGAUUAUAUACACAUUGUAAUAUGUGAUUAUAUCCACAUUGUAAUACAUGAUCAUAAACACAUUGUAAUAUGUGAUUAUAUCCACUGAGAUUUGCCUUGCUUUUUCUUUCUAUCACCUUAAUUUAUUUAUAAUUAUUUGUAUGUAUGUUAUGUUAUUAGUGGUGUAAAUGAAUGUGUUAAACGGUAAAUAAUUUACUGAUUUGGUCUUUUGUUAGACACGCGAGAAAUUAAAAUGUCUGACAGAAUGGUUAUUUUUCAGAAAUUUGAAGAUUAUUUUAUAUAAAAGCUUUCUGUGUAAGCUAAUAAUAUUAUCAUAUAGCAUUAAAUGUGUUGCGCUUUCACAAGAAAAUUUUAAAUCUUCAAUUUGAAAAAAAAAAAAUAAUACUGUACAUUAUAAACAUGUCGACUUCAAAGCUCUCGUAAGGACAUUAUCUUAAUUUUUAAUUAUGGCAAUAAUAACAGGCUGAUCUGUUUUUAAAUGCCCUAAAAGCAAACUUUAAGCUUUUUAGAAAAGCAUAUGUUUAAAAAUAUUGCUGGAUGUUGUUUUUGUCUGCUUUUUUUUUAUAUUGUUUAGCAGUAAUUAGUUUAAUAAAUGCCUCCUAUUAUAGGGUUGGGCGAUAAUGAAAAAAAAAAAUAUUGUGAUAAUAAUUUUACCAAAUAUAUGCGUGUCUUAAGAAGUCAAAUUUUGAAUACUUGGGCUGAGAAUCGUCCUUUGGAUGUUAAAUUAUUGUUGCUAAGUUAUCAAAUAUCGCGAUAAUUUAUACACAUGUCUUAAGAAGUCAAAUUUUGAAUACUUGGGCUGAAAAUCGUCCCUUGAUGUCAAAUUAUUGUUACUAACGUCGGUAGGAGCCGUGAUGAAGAUUUACCCCAGACCAGCAGGUGCUUUAUAAUGCUAUUUUUACCGAUGAAUUUAAUUCUAUCAAUAGAAUGUCAUAGGAGAUGAUAUAGCAUAUGUAUUACAUGUAUCAUCAAUAUUAGGACAUGAUAAUUAUCUCAUCACGAUAUACAGGUUUUCAAUAUUUUCGCCGAUAUAAAAUUGCGGAUAUACCUAAUGAACGGUAUAUCGCCCAACCCUAUCCUAGUGUUUCUCUUCUUGUUGGAAACAAAAUGUAGACCAAUAUGCUAUAAUGAUACCACAGUUGUUUGAUUUUAGUGAUAUUAAUAUAUAUAUUCUCAUCAAUCUAAUUAAAACACAGAUCUUAUUUCGUUUCGUUUUUUAUAGUUCAAAAUUUCAUUUUACUUGUCUUGACUACACUAGAAUCUGGAAAAGUUGUUAUAUUAUAACCUAUGUUUUGGAGGAUGUGAGGGAUUAGCCAAUGAAACAAUCUGUUACGGCGAUUUCUUGGCGUGCGAUGCACGGAACUGUUGGUAAAACCACUAGAAACGUCAACACAGAUGGAUUAAUCAAUGUCUGACUUCACAUGGUCAAAAAACGUUUGUAUGACCUCUGACGCGACCUUUAACCGGGCAGAUUUUCAUGCAGUAGAGGCCAUCGAAAGUAUAAAACGAAACGAAAUAUUGAUCCGUAUUUUUAAUUAGAUUGGAUUCUGAUGUUUACGGGCAAAUAUAUGUUUAAAGUAAGACCCUGUUAUUAUUAACCCAGUCAGUAUCUAUGAGUGAUGCAAUAUUUCAUUCUUUAUUUACAGCUAGAUCUAUUUGUUAAGGCCAACUCAAUUUUCUUCAAGGUCACUGAGAUGUAAAUAAGGUUAUGGCACGUGAUUGUUGGCGAAACUGUGGAUUAGGGUUAUAGGGUAAGUGUUAGAGCUAGAUCCAGGGUUAGCGUUAGGGUUGGAGUUAGCGCUAGCCCUGUUUACAUCUCGUGACCUUUGAUCAAACUUGAAGUUGGCCUUAUGAAAUAGAUCUACGAGUACGUAAUGGAAUGGUGGAUGAUAUGUCGACAAGUAUCAAAUAUUUGAGAGGCACUUAGAAUUUAAUUUUAAAUAAGAAAUAGUCUUUUAAAAAAGAAAUUACUUAUAAUGAUUACCAGGCCUGGAAAUAUCGGUUUUACAUGUACCUGACAAAAUGUCAGGCCCUAAUGAAAUGGUACCUGACAUUUUCAACUUAGUGCUGGACAUGUAUUAAUAAUAUCAAUAAAAAAGAAAAGUCAGUCAAAUCAGUGCCGGACAAAAUGACAGGCACCAGAGGUUUAGUGCCUAACAAAGCCUGACAUUGUCAGUGACAGGUGCCUUAUUUCCAGGCUUGAGUUGAUCAGUUUUAUUUCAGCUUUAUACACAAGUAUGUUUAUCUAUUUCAUUAAGUAAAUUUUGUUGGUGAAGGUGGAAACUGUAAAGAUUUUAAUUAACCAUAGAAAUUACACAAUAAUUGAUAAGUUAAUUGAAAUUAAUAUUAAUAAGUUUGGAAUCAAUGUUGAGCUAAUACUUGGCUUCAUUGGUGGCACUGGAUAACGAGUCAAAAUACAAGCAUCAAAUGCUGCAAACAAAAACAUUUAUUUAAAAUGGAGGGUUAGAUGGCUGAUUGUUUAACGUGUGCGCGUUGUAUAAGAUCUGUCAUUGCGUCAAUUGGCGUGGUUUCAAUUCUCUGAUUGUAUAUGACAAGUAGUAAGGUCGCCUGUCCAACUAUGUGGGUUUUCUCUGGGUCUUCCCACUGCUAAAGACCCCUACGUGCAAGCGAAUUAUUGAAAUAAAAUUGAACCAUAUGUUAGUCGGUAAAUGGUGUACUUGACAAAGUCUGCUAUCUAUUAUAUAGACACAUUCAAAAUGUUUCUUUUUUGUAUCUCGACAUUUAUUUUAGUAUUCCAAAUUCUUUUUAGGCACCUUUAUUGAAAUAUGGCCAUAUAUGGGGGAGUGGGGGGAUCUUUGCCUGGCAACCUAUCUUUAGUAUCUGAAAUUAUGAAUACCUCAAACGAGUGUAUAUGCUACCUGUAUAUUAUUAAGUAUAUUGUAUAUGAGUGUGACUUGUAACUGAUAUAACUUGCAAUGAUAUAUAUGUUUUAGGUACGAAUUAGUUUAUCUGUGGUGUUAUUUAUGUUAACAUGGUCCCCUAUUAUGGUUUUGGUUGAAAUAUAGUCACCUAUUAGUAGAUUUACCUUAACACAAUCUGGUUAAAACACAGAUCCUAUUUCGAUUCGUUUUUAUAGUUCAAAAUUUCAUUCUACUUGUCUUUACUACACUUGGAUCUGGAAGAGUUGUUAUUCAGCUCGUGUUCUGAAUGGUGUCAGGGAUAAGCAAUGAAACGGUCUGGUACGGCGAGCUUUAGGCGUGUUUUUCACGGAACUGUGGGUAAUCCAUUGAUAACAUCAAUGCUGAAUGGUUAAUCAAAUGUCUGACAUCAUAGGGUCAAAAGCCGCUCGUAUGACCUCUGACAUGACCUAUCGCUAUGACUUGUCAGAUCUUCAUGUAGUGUAGGCCAUCGAAAGUAUAAAAAAAUGAAACGAAAUAUAGAUCUGUAUUUUAAUUAGAUUGACCUUGACACUACUUUAAACCUGUUUUCCCUGUGCGAGGUUUUGAUGAUUCCAUGGAAAUGGUCCCAUUAAAUUUACAUUAGACCGACUUUUUCGCUGAUGAAAACACUUGUGGGAAAGCUGCAUAAACGCAUACAUGGAAUACGGGCCUUAAAGGCCUUCUUUUACUGGUAAUUAUAAUUAAGCUAUCCGCCUUGUUACUAGUCAUAUACAAACAUGCCUGGAAAUAACGGAUCUAGUUGUACCUGUCUAAAUGUCCACCACUAAUGAAUUAAUAUCUGACAUUUUAUAACUUUUUGGACGUGUAUUAAUAAUAUCAAUAAAAAUAUAAAAAAAGUGUCCCGACAAAAUGACAGACACGGGAGAUGUUUUGUUUUUGACGAAGCCUUGAUCUGUGUCUGACAUUGUCUGUGACACGAGGUGUCUUAUUUCCAGGUAUGCAUACAAAUUAAUCUCUUUUACAGCUUUCAGUGGCUGCUUAAAUAGAAUGGAGUACGGUUUAAUGUUCAUCAACACAGUAAUUCGGUCAUUUUCUGACAAACAUGUUAUUUUGUUUUUAUUUCUCUGGUUGUGUGUGCAAGUUACGUUUCCACAUUCUUUUACAUGCACACGAGUCCGUACAUUGGUGGAUGGCCAAAUGGUUAGCACAUGCGCGCUGUAUCAUAAGGUCUGUCAUUGAGUCGACUGGUGUGGUUUCGAUUCCCCGGUUGUACGUGACAAGGAGUAGGGUCGCUUGUCCAACCUCUUGGGUUUUCUCCGGGUCUUCGGUUUCCUCCCUCUGCUAAAGACCCCUACGUGCAAUUGAAUUAUUGAAAUAAAAUUGAACCAUAUGUUAGUCCCGAAAUGACCUAGUUUGUGUCGUGUGGAUGUUAAACCCCAUCUUUCCUCUCUCUCUCUCUCUCUCUCUCUCUCUCUCUCUUCAAUUAUAUACUCUUAUGUUGCUAGUAAUUUUGCUGGAUAGCACUAAAGGAAAGGAGGUUGAGACAUAAGACCCUUCUGUUUUAAUAUAUUUGAUGUCUCAACAUCCCUCCUGAAGAAAAUAGAAUUAAAUAUGGAUAUUUAUGUGAAUGGUUAUUCAGUAUUUAAGUUUAAAAAUAAAGACUGGAUAAUGGAUAAGAUUGUUAUCCAGUAUUUAAAGUAAAAAACAAAAAAACAAACAAAACAUGAAAUGUUACUGGUUAAUCUGUAUCAUGGAUAUCUGUGAAUGAUUAUCCAGUAUAUAGACUAUAUAAAAAUAAAAAAAUGUAACUGGAUAAUGUAUCAUGGAUAAAGAUAGAUAUUUGUGAAUGAUUAUCCAGUAUUUAAUAUAUAUAAACAAAACCAAUGUAACUGAGUAAUGUAGGAUUAUCCAGUGUGUAAGUGGUAUAGGUGUAAAUGUGUGAUUUAUUUUGUUAAUCUGUGUAUAUUUGAAACUAGGAGGAAAUCUCGCACCACUUACGUAACAAACUAUUGUAUAUCAGAUCUUUGCCUUGAUUAAUGUCUUAAUUAGUAGUACGGAACUUAUACAAUUCCUUCAAUUAAAACACUUUUUAUGAAUAACUAGAAUGGGUUAUUACACUAUGGGGUUUCAACAAGAUUUCACAAGUUGUUAUCAAACCUAUAACAGGUAAUCUGAUUAAAACAUAUAUCCUAUUUCGUUUCGUUCUUUUUAUAGUUCAGAAUUUCGUUUUACUUGUCUUUACUACACUAGAAUCUGAAAGAGUUGUUAUAUAACCUGCGUUCUGGUUGAUGUGAGGGGUUAGCCAAUGAAACGAUCUAUCAUAGCGAGUUCUUCACAUGCCGCGUAAGAAACUGGGUAUCUUACUAGGAACAUCAAUGCUGAUUGGUUAAUCAAAUAUCUGAUGGCAUAGGGUCAAAAGCCAGUUGUAUAAUCUCUGAUGCGACCUUCCACUACAACCAGUCAGAUCUUCGUGUAGUAGAGGCCAUCGAAAGUAUAAAACGAAACGAAAUAGAUCUGUAUUUUAAUCAAAUUGUAUAAAAUACACAAUUCCUCUAAAAUAUAGUGUACAUUAUUUAUUCAGACAAUUUGAAGACCUGCUAAGGCCAAACUAGUCAGUGGUAUUUCAGAACUUUAAUAAAAUUUAAUGCCAAAAUUCUGUUAAGAGUGAGAAUUUUUUCUGUUUGUUACAAAAAAUUAUUUUUUCAAGAAAUUGGAAGCGAAACUUUUGUAAUUAAUCCCAAGGAACUAGAACGGAAACUGAUGUAGUCUACCGAUAAUUGUGUGAUCAUGAUGUACAAAAUAUUUUAAAAUAGGGUUAAAUCAGAAAAAUAAUCCAAAUUAUAUUCAGAAAAACUGUCCCAAGGAACUACUGACCUCAAGUUCACAAAUCAUUCUCAGAUAUAAGUUAAGAAUUUACUUAACUUUCAAUCACUGUUCAUGAGAAAUAUUUUUGAUCCAGAAACACAAAACUUUGCACAUAGUUUCUUAUUGAUGUAUUUGAUACAUUAAAACAACAAAAGUUUUAUAAAGGGCUAUAUUGUAGUUAAAAUAAGGCGAACAGUUUUGAGUAAAUUGUUAACUUAAAUCUGAGAAUGUUUUGUGAACUUGGGGCCUGGUAAUGUAUGAUGUAUAAAAUAUUUUAGAAAAAGGACAAAUCAGAAAAAAAUAAUCCCGAUCAUAUCGAGAUAAAUGUUAUAGGCCCAUGUUAUAUGCAUGGUUAUAUACUAAAGCGGUGGACACAUUAGCCGAAUCAGUCCGCGCUGAAUUUUAUUCGGCCGAAUAGGUGAACACGCCAGGCGAAUGCUUCGCCUGAUUCACCAGUCGAUUGCAUCACCUUUCAUGUCACCAUGUCCUCAAACAAUCGUGACUUCUUGAUAUGUGUGGAUGAUGAGUUGUGAUUGGCUAAUGAAUUCUACAUUCGGGUGAAUGCUUCGGCGAAGCGGACACACUAGGCGAACAUAAUUCGGUCGAAUAUAUCAAACAUGGUUGAUUCGGUAGUUCCGAAAUAACUUAGUUUGUGUCGAGUGGACGUUAAACCCCAUUUCUCUCUCUCUCGCUGUUUGAUUCGGGUGAAUCAUUUGGCUGAAUGACAGUGGACACACUAGGUGAAUUUUGACGCCGAUUGAUUCAGCUGAACGAUUCCGCUAGUGUGUCCACCGUAUAACAAGUACCUGUUAAUGUUAAUAUACUAAGAGUAACUGUUAAUUUAUCUAUAUCAUAUUUAUAUAAGAUGUAUGGUUAUGAGUGGUUCUUUUUAUUUUUGAAUGUUGAUUGAUACAUGUUUAACCAAGUUUAUGUUAACCAUCACGAUCGAUAGAUCGAUCGCCUAUAUUUGUAUUUAAAACUAUGCAUGAGGGUGGUUCUUGUAGUUUAUACCAACACUUCAACUACGUUAUCUAUCUCACUUAUAAACAUUCGUUAUUCUUUAAUCCUUAUAUAACACAUAUAGAAAUAGAUAUCAUUAAAAUUAAAACACUUCUAUGGAUAUACUACUUCUGAAUUUUAUUAACAUGCUACGUUUCAAUACACGUAUUAUAUGUACAGGUAUCGUUAUCAAGCAAAUUGUAUUAACAUGCUACGUUUCAAUACACGUACAGGUAUUGUUAUCAAGACAUGCUGCGUGAUAACGAUACCUGUAUGUGUAUUGAAACGUAGCAUGUUAAUAAAAUUCAGAAGUAGUAUAUCCAUAAGUGUUUUAAUUCAUUAUUCCAUAUUUUGAAGAAAUUUUCCAUUUUUUCACUCCGAAGAUUAGAAUUUCAAAUUACAUUUAUGAAUAUAUUAAAUUAAAUUUAAAUGCACAUUAUAUUCUGACAGUUAUGAGUGGCGACAAUUUGUGUAAUUUUCUCUGCAAAGAUUAGAAAUUCGAUUCAACAUUUAUGAAUAUUUUAAUUAAAUAAAAAUGCACAUCAUAUUCUGACAGAGUGACGACAAAUUGUGUACUUUUCUCUGCAAAAGUUAGAAAUUUGACUUUUAAUUAUUCAAUAUUCAACUUAUUUUGAGAGUUAUGAAUGACGACAAGCUUUAUUGCAUAUAAAAUUUGUUUUAUUUUUUAUCUUCUCCCUGCAUGAAACAUACAGAAAUAUACAACGAAUUAAACAAUUUAAUUGGUUAAUUUUGUUUGAUUUUAAAGUUGCUAUGACUAUGUAAGAUAACUUGCUGGAGUAUGAUCUUUGUUGAAUGUUGCCAUUCUUAAGUAUUAAGUCCUCUAAUCUGAUUAAAACACAGAUCCUCUUUCGUUUUUUAUAGUUCAAAAUUUCGCUGCACACAUAGGAAGAUGUCGCGGCACACUAUUUGAGAAUCACUGAAUUAGAUCGUAUUUUCAAUUGAUUAUAUUGGUUCUGUAUUAUAAAAGUAAUCACUGUUAGUGACAUUUCUUUGAUUUUGAAGCGUCUUGGGAGCCUGCAAUUUUAUAUGAUUAGGCCACAUCACUUUCAUUUUCUGUUCUUCAGGAAUAUCUUUCAAAAUAUUUUCCUUAUUUCUUUGGGAGAAAAAAUAAAUUAUUUAAAAACCAAAAGUAUUUGGUUGUGUUGUUCAAAAGCUUUUAGUUGCAAAUUUUGAAAUUUUUAAUAAAACAUUUUUCAUGUUAUUCAAGUCGUUAUUUAUUUAUUUAUCUAGGCCACGAAGAACACAAAAUCAAGUUGUUGUGGCCUCAAUGCAACUUCAGGUUAAGUUGAAUUAAUUAUGCUUUUUUUGUUAUAAGUUUUCAGCUUCCAUUAGGUAGGCUACUUUCAAUUUUGAUUAUUAUAGAAUUUGUCGAUGUUUAGAAUAUUUUAAUUUUCGUUGGUUCCACAUAAACAUAAGAUGUUCUUAAUUUCUGUAUGUGUAGGCCUUAUGUAAAAAGGAAUAACCCUAAGAAUUAUCUAAAGUUCAGGGGCCUGUUUCACGAAAUUUAACUAAGAUGAAAUCCAAAUUUUACUAAUUUGAUUGGAUAAUAUUAGAUUGAUUUUAAUGCUUAUCCAAUCAAAAUUGAAGUAUGUACUAAAAUUUGGAUUUUAUCUUUAGUUAAGAUUUCGAGAAACCGGGCCCCGAUAACUUUUAAUCUACUGUUGUAAGUUAGAUUAUGGCUUUAUAAAGUCUGUUCAUGUUAGAGUUGCCAUGGUUUCCAUCAAUCUUAUACCUGAUGAGAGCAAUGACUUUAAUAUUAUCUAAUAUGUCAUGAUAUAUAACAACACGGUGACAGCUAUAUAUAUCUCCUAGCAACAGAUUUUAAGGGUAAUUUUGUAUUUUUAUACGCCCACAUUUCCAUGUGGACAUAUUAUGCCGUCUCCCCUGUCCAUUCGUCCACAAUUUGCUUGUCACUCUUCAGGUCACAAUUUUUAUCCCAUUUUGGCGUAACUUCAAAUAUAGGUCUAUCUCCCAAAGAUCUCGGUUCCUUUCGAUAUUGGCAUGUAUCGGACCAUAACUUCAUGGAUUAUGGCCCCUGAUCAUACGAAAAUCACGGUUUUAGCUCGUGGACCCUCUAGAGGUCACAAUUUUUAUCCGAUUUUGAUGAAACUUAAAAUAUAUCUUUAUAUCCCAAAGAUGUCCGUCCCUUUCGAUAUUUGUGCAUUUCAGACCAUAACUUGCUGGAUAUGGCCCUGAUUGUUCUCUAUCCAUCUCUUGCAAAAUGUGGGCGUAUCUUGCCUGGCAACCAGCUGGUUAAUAAUAUUAAAUACACUUAUCUGUACACAUUGAUAUAAGUAUAUUGUGAGCAUAUUUGAAAAAAAAAAACAAGUUACAACAUCCUAAAUGAUGGAGAUAACAGGUUAGAGUGGUAUAAAUUGUUACCAUAUUUCAAGAAUGAUAAUUGAAAAUUUUUACCAUCAUGAUUUAAAUAAAUCAUAUGUAAGUAUUAUUCAGGGCAAGUCAGUUAAAGAGAUCCAUCAUCAAACAUUAUUAUUCUGUAGUUUUAAACAGAUGUAAGUUUUUGUUUAUAGAUGGAUUGUCUCUUUGAUUUCUUGCUUGGGAAUGAUAUGGUUAGAAAUAUAAUGAAUUUCACUACAUCAGUUUGUCAACAUCUGACUGUGUAACGAUCUCAUCUGCCAACAUGUGACUGGUGAAUAAAUUUGGUAGAAUUAAA